AUGGUUGAGGCUACCCCAGAGAUGGCAAAGUAUUGCUUUGCUGUGAUAUCUAGUCAGUUAAAGAGAGAGGCAAUUCCAACAGUGCCCCAGAGUAUCCCUAACGAGCCGUGUCCUGUGUUUGUCAGCCUUAAGACAAUAGAUGGGGCACUUCGAGGAUGUAUUGGGACCUUUACUGCCGACCCGCUACAUGAACAGCUAAAAAAUUACGCCAUAGCUGCGGCCUGCGAGGACAGUCGUUUCAAUCCGGUUGAACUAAGCGAACUUCCUUCACUGAGCUGUACGGUUUACGUCCUGCACUCCUUUGAGAAGGCAGCCGACUGGAAGGACUGGGUGAUAGGCGUUCAUGGAAUACGGAUUACGUAUAAGAGUUACUCUGCCACGUUCCUUCCGUCUGUUAUGUCUGAGGAAGGGUGGAAUCAUGAGCAAACCUUACGUCACUUACUAAGGAAGGCGGGGUAUGGGGGCGACGUGACAGAAUCCGUCCUCGAUAAGGUUUACGUGACUCGAUACCAGGAAAGCAAGGCCAGCAUCGACUUUUUAUCUAUUGUGCCAGGGAAUUAG